ACUACAACCUGGCAUGCUAUUGACAUCAAUGUUUGAAGAAUUUUUAUGCACCUUAUAUUUCUUACAAAUUGUAAAAAUCAUCGGGCUUAGACGAUAUGUUUUGAGAGGUAGAUUGAAAAUAAAGAAACAAAAGCAUUUUAUUGGUUAAAAGAUGCUUACCAAACAUUGCAUAACUUAUUUGACAAUCUCCAAAGUCGAGUAGCUCACACGCUGUAUUUAAGGUGUAGGCACUAAUGAGGUCCUGGAUUCAUUUACCUGUUUGAAUACGUGUCUAAGUAUUUUUUGGUCUUACUUUGGUUGUUUCAGAUAUGCCAGCCUUAUCUACUUAUCUUGAAACCUAAGAAAUAUUUUUUUACUUUGCAUGGACAUAAUUAUUAAAUAUUAAAGAAAGACCUGAAAUCAAAAAGAUCAUCACAUCAAAGUAAUAUAAAGUAAUUAAAUUUUAGAAAACAUUACACACAUUACUCAGAUUCCAAUAUGAGUAGCUAAAUUAUGGAGUAUCUGAAACAACGAAGGUACCACAACAUCCAGACUCGAGACCCGAACGGGAUCGAACCCAGGAUCUCAGAGAUGGUGACACCUCGAAAUCGGCAUCGGUUGAAUCAAUCUUAUUCAUAAUAUUUCAUUCACAGAGCUAUAUUCAUAUCUAUGUUAUAGAAAAAUAUGUAUUUUAAUGUGAAUAAAAAUAUGAUGAUUCGAAUCCAUUUUUAAGGUUAUGCGUUACAUAACUAAAAAAAGAUGUUGUACAACAGCUUUUAGUAAUCCCCCAAUACCCCAUAUAAUCUUUACCCUUUUUGUCUUUUUCCUCCAUAGGAUGCCUGGAAGAGAUUACUAGAAACAAAUAUACCAUAUACACACUAGUUACAAUAUUUGUAAUACAUCAACAAAUUUUUCAGCUAAAAGUUUGGCUAUAACAAAUAUCAAGAAGAAUCAAAAUAAAGUUUCAAAUAAGAACAUUAAUUAAAUUGUAGUUGUAGUUACCUUAUCAUGUACAUGUUAAGCGAUAGUCACAAAGGUUGAAAGGUGAAAGUUUAUCUAGACAUAUUUAUUGCUCCUCAAGUAAUCUGUAAUGGCUUCAGUGAUAGAAAAAUAUCAGUCGUGUCAAUAAUAAGUUUCGAAAUGCGGCUUCUGCCAUUUAUAUUCUGUUGUGGCGUUCUCAUAUUAAAAUGUGAAACAAUCGAAUGCCAACUUAUAAAAGGAUUUUUGGAUAAAGUACACGGUACAGCUCAGAAAGUGAGACAAGACGUAAGACAGGUGUUACGACCUACCGUACGUAGUAAUGUCAACACUGGAAAUAAUACGUCAAUUUUUUUCAUCGAUGAUGAUGAUGAUGAUGUCCCGAAGCCAUUCCAAAUGAAUCCCGUGAAAACUAGUACGACAAUGAAACCAGUUAACAGUUUUACGUUUUCUCAGACUACUAGCACUACAAAAAAACCAGUUCCAACUCCUACCAACAGUAAUGUGGCAUUUGUUGAUAAUGGGAAUACAAGCAGUUUUCAAGCUAACGCUAAUCCUACCAGUGCAACAAGCAAAACAGGAAGUACAGCUGAUACUAUUGUAUUUGAAACUGAAGAACCAACUAAAAAAAAUAGCAGUGAUGUAGAUGGAUCAGGAAAAGAAAAUUUUAGUGGCGGCUGUCUCGCUGGCUAUCAACGUUCCCCUGAUGGAAGGUGUAUGCCUGUAUUUUGAUUUAUUUACGAGGAAAUAUACAAAAAGCAUGUAAGAUUUUUUUUUUUGAUAGAUCAUUUAUACAUAGCAUUAUUGUUAUUUUUAUAUUUUUGUGUCUGUAAAAAUAUAGCAUAUUACGUGACACGUAAGUUGUACCAAAAUGGCGAAUUUCUGUGCAAGUACAGUCAUGAACUAUGUUUAAUUUUGAGCUCUACCCUUAAUGUAUUAUGAUUUAUAAACAAGAGAAGAGUCAUUUUAGUAUGUAAGUCGGACGUGCUUUUGACUGUACAUAAUAUAUUAAAAUAUUUUCCGGAAAUUUGUUCAAUUUAGUUUAACUUUUC